UUAAAUGUGUCCGUUGAUUCAAACCGUUGCUUUUAGUGUUUCUUUCUUCAAUUCAGAUUAUUCAGAUUCUAAAACAAUUUGUUAGGUUUGAUUUAGCGUUCUGUUUAAAUAAUAUUUACUUGUUUAUUAUAAAUAGAAAGUUACGACUACCGUUAUUUGUGAACUUUUAUUGUUAUUGACUUGUGGCAGUACCUAGGUGCUAUGUGGAUUAGGAUAACUUGGACAUAACUGGGCGUAAUGUCUGGUUUGACAUAAAAUUUAUAACCAUUAGGGGGAAAAGUAAAAAACACAUUGACAGGUUCCCUUCUCUCUGUCAAUACAAGGACAUGAAAAUCCAUAGCUGGUGAAUCUGGGGGGUUGUAUUUCUUCAUCUUCAAAUAGAAUAAAAAAUAGAAAUCAAGAUGGCUGAAGAUAGGGGUAAAGAUACCAUAGAUACAGUGCAGGUGGCCCUUAGGAUAAGGCCGUUGAUGCAGUCUGAGCUAGACAGGGCCUGUGAGGAGUGUAUCGAUGUGGUGCCAUCUCAGCCACAGGUGGUGAUCAAGGAUCUAGCAUUCACAUACAACUAUGUCUUCCCUCAACACAUCACUCAGCAAGAAUUUUAUGACACAGCUGUGAAAGGCCUUAUAGGGAAACUGUUUCAAGGUUACAAUGUAACUAUCCUAGCCUACGGUCAGACUGGCUCUGGCAAGACAUACACUAUGGGCACCAACUACUCAGGUUCAGAUGGAGACUCCACCAAACUAGGCGUGAUACCACAAGCAGUGGCUGAUAUAUUUGACUACAUAGAAACACAUGAGGAUAAGUUCAUAUUCCGUGUGAAUGUCUCUUUCAUGGAGCUGUACCAGGAGCAAUGCUACGACCUGCUGUCGGGGAAGGAGCGAGGACACAGCAUCAUAGAAAUAAGGGAGGACAUCAACAAGGGAGUCAUAUUACCAGGUAUAACUGAGAUGCCAGUAACGUCCACCAUGGAGACGAUGAUGGUCCUGGAGCGCGGCUCGCUGGGCCGCGUGACGGGCUCCACCGCCAUGAACCAGGCCUCCAGCCGCAGCCACGCCGUCUUCACAAUCAUCAUAGCUAAAGAGAGUCGCACUGACAAAAACAUAGCAACAACCUCGAAGUUCCACCUGGUGGACCUCGCCGGGUCAGAGCGCAUAAAGAAGACGAAGGCAGUUGGUGAGCGGCUGAAGGAAGGUGUGAAGAUCAACCAGGGUCUCCUGGCUCUGGGCAACGUGAUCUCCGCGCUGGGAGACGGCACCAACCGCAGCUUCAUCAGCUAUCGUGACAGCAAGCUCACCAGGCUACUGCAGGACAGCUUGGGCGGCAACUCGUUGACGCUGAUGGUGGCGUGCGUGUCCCCCGCGGACUACAACCUGGACGAGACGGUGUCCACGCUACGGUACGCGGACCGCGCGCGGCGCAUACGCAACAAGCCCGUCAUCAACCAGGACGCUAAGGCCGCCGAGAUCGUCAGGCUAAACAACCUAGUGAAUGAACUGCGCCUCCAACUACUAGGCAAAGGCCCUACACCAAGCGAACAAAACAACGAACACUUACAAGAGGAACUAGAGAAAGAACGCGGCAGAUACGCCGAGUUGUUAAAGAAACACAAACAAGUCACAGAACACCUUAGCAACAUGCUGAUAGAGAACACUAAUCUCUGUGAGAAAGCGCUUCUAGCCGAAGCGGCAAAGGAAAAAAUAGAAAGAAAACUAAACGAGCUCACAGAACAAUGCAACCAGACAAUAGAGAACCUUAACGUAAGUGAAAAAGACACAGAUUCACAGAAGACAGUGAUGGAAUGUCUCAAAGAUAUGAAGACGAGGCUCGAAGACUUGCAGUCGAUGAAUCUGAAGACGAAUGAAGAACUGAUAGACCAUGAGAUCAAGUUGUCGUUUGUGGCUGAGAGUGAUCAUGAAAAGAUUGAUGAUGAGGCGGUGCUAAAUGAAGAACAGGCGGUCGUCGAAGAGGAGAAGAGGGCUAUAGGACAUGUGGCUCUAACACAAGAACUCCGCGAGCUGAACCACGCGAUGGCGAUCAAGGCGUCCGUGGUACAGGCCAUACUGGCCAACAACAAGGAGAUGCUCGACAGCCACAGCAACCUGCGCGAGAACGAGGAACGCAUCGCCAAGCUCGAGAAGGAGAGAGACGAACUAAUGCAGCAACUCAAGCAGAACAAGAGCAAAGACCCGAGCCACGAGGAGCGUCGCACGAAGGUAUCUGCACUAGAACAAGAGAUAACUGACUUGAAGAAGAAGUGCCAGCAACAGGCGGGCAUCAUCAAGAUGAAGGAGAAGAAUGAGGCCAAGAUCGCCGCUCUUAACGCUGAGCUGCACGCCAUGAAGGCUACUAAGGUGAAAAUAAUCCGCCAAAUGCGCGAAGAAAGCGAGAAGUUCCGCAAGUGGAAGGCGGACAACGAGCGCGCGAUGCUGCGCCUGCGCAAUGAGGACCGCAAGCGCGCCACCGCCAUGGCCAAGAUGGAGUCGCUGCACGCCAAGCAGCAGAACGUGCUCAAACGCAAGAUGGAGGAGGCUGUCGCUGUUAACAAGCGGCUCAAGGAAGCGCUUGACAGACAGAAGAACGCGGCACUGAAGCGCAACGCUAAGGGCAGCGUGAAGGCGGGCGCGGUGCAGCACUACAUCGAGCAGGAGUUGGAGGUCCAUCUCAGUAUUGUUGAGGCAGAGAAAUCGCUGGAGGAGCUUAUGGAGUACAGGGCCUUCAUAACAGAACAACUGGAAGAACUCCGUCACAGAACGGACGACGAGGCCAACCGCAAGAAGAUCGCCGAGCUAGAGGACGACCUGGCGCUCCGCAAGGCGCAGAUCUCAGACUUGCAACAGAAGAUACUCACUGCUGACCAAGAAAACAAAUCACGAACCCAAUGGGACAACAUACAAUCGAUGCUCGAAGCGAAAGUCGCGUUGAAGUGUCUAUUCGAGUUGCUGGUGGACGCUAAGAGGGAGCUUCAGAACCAGAGCGAGAAGGGCUACCAGGCGAGAUAUGAGGAAAUCAAGGAGGCGCACGACAGACUCGCGCUCGAGUUCGAGAACAGCAAGACUGAGUUCGAGAGACAACUCGCUACUAUCAAGAUACAGAAUGAGCAGAAGUUGACGGCGCUGGUGGCGUUGCAACGAGGCGUGGUGGGGAAGGGUGACAAGAACGAGGCAUGCAGACAUCUACAGAACGUUAUACAGUACCAACAGGAGCGACUGGAGAUGAUUGAAGAGGAGAAUAAAAAGCUAGCAGAGGAACUAGACCAACUUCGCACAUCGAACAACAACACUAGUAAGACGAAGAAACGCGGCAAGAAGGAGAGCAAGGAAGAUAAGAAGGUGGAGUACGUAGAGCCGACUGAUGAUGAGGAGGACGAGUUCGAGGAUGACAAGGAUCCGGACUGGCGCGCCACGCCGCUCUUCAAGAGGAUACAGGCGCAGCGCCCCCGUCUAACGAUGAACUUCACGGACACGUCCCGCCGCGAGGACACGUCCUCGGACACAUCGUCGCGCGCCACCAAGCGCGGCUCGGACGGGUCCCCGCACUGCACGUGCCGCGGCGCGUGCUCCACCAAGAUGUGCGGCUGCAAGAAGGCCGACAAGGGCUGCGGGCCCGCCUGCCGGUGCCCGGCCGACCUCUGCAAGAACAGACGCGCCAGCUCCGAUUCCGAGGACAAGGAGAACCAGCCUUCGAGUACGGAAGCAACUCUUGACACUACACCAAUUCGUACUUCCUAUUUUGACAAACGAGGUCACCUUGACACUACGUUCGUGAAAAAGAAGAAAAGUUACUUCUUCCCACAAGAACAGCAGAAUGGUGACCAUGAAUUAAAGACUGAGUGAACGACCUGGAUUUGCGGACGAUUAGGGUUUAAUUUUAGUUUUAGAAGUGCGAAAAUGAAGGCUUGUUCGCUUUGACUUGCGUACUUCCGCUUUUGAUGAUUUUGCAAUGUAUUCUAUUCUAAAUUAAGUGUAUUAUGGAUUGUUACUUUGACUGAGUCGUCUUGAGAUAUAUUGUGGUACGUACUUGUAAAACGUCCGUAAUUCAAAUAUCUUGUCGAAUUGAUAGAAUUUAGAAAACAAUGACUACUACUAAAUUCGCGUUCAAUGAAAUGUGUAAACCUCGAUAAGUGUCGUGUUUACUGUGUAGGACUAUCUAUUUCAAUAUUAGCAAGAGGCUUAUUUUAGCGUCAGUAAUACCUCCUAUUGGGAAUAAUUCGUCGCUGAUCUGGUUAACUAGCGUAUCUGAAAUAUUUGGCGAAACGGAUUUGCACCGUUUACAAUUCA